AUGCCUAUUACUGCGCGCUCGGGCCGGGGCCCGCCGGAAGGAAGGAAGGCAGGAAGGAAGCGCGCGGCCGGGAAGGGGCCGCUCUCGGCGGGAGCCUCCCUGCUCGGGGCGGCCAUGCUCCCGGACUGCCUCCUCUUCGAGAUCUUCCGCCACCUGCGGCCGCCGGACCUGCUGGCCGCGGGGCGGGUGUGCCGGCAGUGGCGCCGCGUGGCCCGCGACGAGGUGCUCUGGAAGCGGCUCUUCUACCGGCACUACGGCGUCGCCCGCCACGUCCCGCGGCACCCAGCCGCCGCCUCCUGGUUCGGGGAGUUCCGUCGGCUCUGCGACGCCGUCCCCCGCCUGGAGGUGCAGAGCCUGCGGGAGCACGCGGAGCCGGUGCUGCACCUCAGUUUCUCCCACAGCGGCCUCCGCUUCGCCUCCUGCUCCAAGGACUGCACGGUCAAGAUCUGGAACAAUGAUCGCCAGAUCUCACUGCUGCAUAGCACCAGCAUGAAGAAAUACAACUGGAGCUACACUCAGUUCUCCCAGUUCAACGCAGACGACUCUCUCCUCUUGGUGUCCGGAGUCUUUAUGGGCCCCCGGAGCUCCUUGUCUGGGGAGAUCGCAGUCAUCGGCCUGGAGAACUUCGAACUCCUCUCCCGCGUCCGCAACAAGCCCUACGACGUGUUUGGCUGCUGGCUGAACGAGACCAACCUGAUUUCCAGCAACCUGCACCGGAUCGGGUUCCUCACUUCCUGUUCCGUGUUGUGGCUGAACAAUGCCUUCCAGGGCGUCGAGUCUGAGAACGUCAACGUGGUGAAACGGCUCUUCAAAAUCCAGAACCUGAACGCCAGCACCGUCCGGACAGUGAUGGUGGUGGACUGCAGCCGCUACAGCUCUGCUGAGGAGCUGACGAGUCCCGGAGAGCAGGGGGGAGAGGAGAGCCCUGCUUCUCCCUGCCAGGAGUGCCCCCCCGAGGAGACGGAGGAGAGGGUCCAGCCGAGGCGUUUCCCAGCGGCUGAAGGGGAGGCGGGGACUGAAGAUGGGUUGGACCGCUUCCUGAGUGACGUCAUGGCGGGACGCGUCCGGCCAAUCAUGACGGAGAUGGAGAUGGAGACGAAAGUGGCCCGACUCCUGGCCCGGAACCGCACGAAGCCCCCGGAGCCCAACCUGCUCUCCCUGCAGGGUGGGAACAAGAAAUACUUGGUCUUCAGCACCGGCUGCCUCACCUACUCACCUCACCAGAUUGGAAUUAAGCAGAUCCUUCCCCAUCAAAUGACCACCGCCGGGCCUGUUCUGGGGGAAGAGAGGAAUUCGGACAGAUUUUUCGAUUCGCUGGAUCACGUCAUUGAUAUUCACGGGCAUAUCAUUGGCAUGGGCCUCUCCCCAGACCACAGGUACUUGUACGUCAACAGCCGCGCUUGGCCCGAGGGCUGCGUCAUUUCCGAUCCUUUGCAGCCGCCCCCCAUCGCCGAGGAGAUUGAGCUGCGUGUGCUGGACCUCAAGACCAUGAAGGAGGCCAAGCGGGCAUUGCGGGCACACCGGGCCUUCACCCCCAGCGAAGAGUUUAACUUCAUUUUUCUUGAUGUCAGCAGGGACUUCGUGGCCAGUGGGGCGGAGGAUCGCCACGGAUACAUCUGGGACCGGCACUACGACAUCUGCUUAGCCAAGCUGCGGCACGACGACGUGGUGAACUCGGUGGCCUUCAGCCCUGUGGAGCAGGAGCUCCUCCUGACAGCCUGUGCGGACAGCACCAUUAAAGUGUGGCGUUCUCCCUGCGCCGUGCGGGUCCUUCACACAGAGAAGCCCCGGCUUCGUGGACGUCUCUUCUCCUGGGCCACGAAGCAGAGAACGUGAGCCGGGCAGGGCUUGCUUCAGGCCGUGUGUG